CGUGGCCUGGAGUUGUAAGUGGAUGGCGACAGUGAGACCUGCCGCUCCGGCCCCCUCUCCAACUUGCCUGAGUGGAGUGGCCCGCACUGACCAGGAGGGAGCUCCCAGUUGGCCCAGCAUGAACUGGAAGGUUCUUGAACACGUGCCCCUGCUGCUGUAUAUCUUGGCAGCGAAAACGUUAAUUCUCUGCCUGGCGUUUGCCGGAGCCAAAGUAUACCAAAGGAAAAAAUUGGAAGCAAAACGGCAAAAACUGGAAGCUGAAAAGAAGAAGCGGUCAGAGAAGAAGGAUAACUAAAGGGAAAUCAAAGGGCAGCACAUUUUCCAAUGCGCCACCUCCUCAGGGGGAGCCUGGCCCACAGGAAGGGAGUGGGCGUGUGGUUGUUGGUCCUGAUGAGGACCAAAGUGGAUGAGAUGUGCCCUCAGCCAACCUCUCCGAAGGAGUCAGCGCCACCAACAUCAUGAAGGGUCUUCCAGAAGAUGUGUCCACACCUGCAGGGCUGCUGGGCCUUAUCACCCACUGUUUUUUUUUUUUUUUUUUUUUUCUUUUUUGCGGUACGCGGGCCUCUAACCGUUGUGGCCUCUCCCGCUGCGGAGCACAGGCUCCGGAUGCGCAGGCUCAGCGGCCACAGCUCACGGGCCCAGCCGCUCCGCAGCACGUGGGAUCCUCCCGGACCGGGGCACGAACCCGCGUCCCCUGCAUCGGCAGGUGGACUCUCAACCACUGCGCCACGAGGGAAGCCCUCACCUACUGUUUAUUUCAUACAAGUGCUGCUCCCAAAAGGUUCCAGGCUGUACUCUCCAUCCUCGCUGUCCACACCACCAGAAGAGACCUCUUAUCCUUAAUUCCCUAACCUAUCGCAGACGGUCUUAAAAGAAAUGCCAGAGAAAAGAAUUUCCUUUGAUCAAAAGACACAUCUUAAGAUGUGUCUACUCUGAUUACAACCCAGUGAUAAAAAGCAAGAAUUUGCCACAAAGAGUGAAAAGGAAAUGAGAAGCAGCUCUAACUGUGCAUGCGCUUGCUGGAAGCCCAGCCUGCACUGCAGUAACAGGAGCUCCAGUUUAUUGAGCACUGAGUUGGGGCUGGUCAUGAUGUAGUGGCUUGGUGUGUGCUAAGUGUUUAAGCCCUCAACUCUAGUUUACGAAUGAGUUCGUUGAGCCUCAGGGAAGUAACUUGUCCAAAGUCUCAUAGUUAACAGGCUGGAAACUUGCGAUUCUAACGAGAUCCAUCCGAUUCCCAGAAGCCCGUGUACUUUCCACUGUGUUCUCCUGGAAGUUUCCAUGCUUGGCAUAAAGCAGAAUUUCUUAAUUAUGAGUACAAUAUUAUGUAACUCAAUUGCACAUUACCCGUGGCCCUUUGAUCUCUGGUUAUACCGAUGUUCUCUUUUUCCCUACUUGCUUUCUAAUGAUCGAACAAGGCCUCGAAGGAAUACAAUCCUAAACUCGUUUUAUUAGAUCGUCUCGGUUUUCCCAGAAAAAUAGCUCCUGUUGGUCUAUCUUGUUCAUCUGGUAACCCAAAAACCUCCCAUUUUUUUUCUCACUGCAAAAUAGUGUGUCUUUAAAAAGUACCUGCCUCUAGCUCAAUAUUGUGCUGAAGUAUGUUUUGUUGUGUCCAGUUGGAGGCAGCCACUUUGCCAGCUGAUUGUCUGAUGUCAGAGGCAAGCCUUACACCGUGUUUCAGUAACCAAGCCAAGCAUGGCGGCUGGGCACACGGGCUUAGGCUCUGACUGGCCUGAGUGUCGCAGUCUCCUCAUCUGUAAAAUGGGAAAGUGAUAGGACCUACCUGAGAGGUUGUUUUGAGGGUGAACUGAGCUGCUCGUUAGUAGAGAGGCUGUGUGAAUAACAGUUCUACCUGGGAACUCUGGAUUUGAACCUCAGCUCUUCCGCACUGGAGCAAGUUGCAUAUCUCUCUGUGCCUCAGUUUACCCUUCUGAGAAAUGGAGACAAUGGUAGUUCCUACAUCGCAGACUGUUGUGAGGAUUAAGUGAGUUAAGCGUGUAUAGCUGUUAGUGGUUGUCACUACAGAACUCUGGACAGGUGUGAGAUAAAUGCGACGUAGGGGCAAAACGCACUCACAUCCCAAACGCAGGCCACCGACCCUGAAGUCACCAAGGAGGUCUGAGUCCUGUUACCCUUAAGGAACAUAAAUUCUGAAACAUACAUGAAACAGGUAGCGAAAAAAACCACACAAAAGUACCAUGCAGUGGACUUCCCUGGCGGUCCAGUGGUUAAGACUCCCCGCUUUCAUGGCAGGGGGUGCAGGUUCGAUCCCUGGUUGGGGAACUAAGGUCCCUCAUGCCGCGAAGCAUGGCCAAAAAAUAAAAAAAAUAUUUUAAUAAAAUAAAUAAAAGGUUUAAAAAUAAAAGUACCACACAGGGAGAGCCGUUUCACCAGGGGUAACUGUGUUACCCCUGGGAAAUGCUCUGGGAAGUGAAGUAUUUCAGUGGGAAAUGCAGUAUUUCAGCUGGCAGAAGAAAACCUUCUUUAGAACCUGUGCUCAGCUGAAUAAUGGUCCCUAAAUGUAUCCAGGUCUGAAUCUCUGGAACCUGUGAAUGUUACCCUAUAUGGAAAAAGAAUCUUUGCAUGUGUGAUUAAAUUAAGGAUUUUGAGAUGGUGAGACGAUUCUGGAUUAUCUGGAUGGGACCUAAAUGCAGUCACACGUGUCCUUAUAAGAGGGAGGCAGAGGGAGAUUGGACACAGAAGAGGAGAAAGUAAUGUGGCCACAGAAGCAGAAAUUGGAGUGAUGUGGCCACAAGCCAAGGAAGGCGGGCAGCCACCCAGAAGCCACAAGAGGCCAGGAAUGGAUUCUCCCUUAGAGCCUGUGGAGGGAGCGUGGCCCUGCUGACACCUUGAUUUUGGCUCCGCGGAACUGAUUUCAGACUUCAGGCCUCCAGGACUGGGAGAGGAUACGUUUUUGUUGGUUUAGUGCACCAAGUGUGUGGUAGUUGUCACAGCAGCCGCAAGAAACUCAUACUGCACGGUUGGCUGUAAAGUGGGAGGUGCAGCUGAGAGUGUCUGGUUCCCAGUGGUUGGAGGUGGUAAGUGUGAUUCAUCUGCAGAUAAAAUGCAUAAAAACAGGAUGCUGCAGAAGUCCACCGCUUAGUUGCUGAAAAGCACUGAACAUCUGUUUUCUGACAAAGUGUUUCUAAAUAAUCCAGGGAGUUUCAGGAAGGAAUUAGGGCAGAAGACAAGCAAAGAAUCUGAUUUUUCUGUGCUUGGCUAGCGGGAACCUGGCCUCACCAUCUGAUAUAUAGGCAGGUCUGUUGGGAGUUGGUAGCAAUUUUCAGACAUUGUUUUUGACAUACCCCAGAAUAAUUACUUCUGCUAUAAAAUUACUGCCUGAACAUACAUAAACAAGAGUGAAUUUUGUGAUAUGUUUAAUAGGAGGCAGGGAUUUUUUUUUUUAUAAAAGUGAAAAAUACCACCACAAAUCCUUACAGCCACCAUUAGCAGCAGCCCCAGACUUUAGGGUGCCGUUAGCCACAGGUGGCUCAGCAACCAGGGCCCCGAGGUGCAACUGCAUGACAGGCUAGUGACCUCCCGUUGGGAUUCUUGGAGUUGGAAUGGGAGACGGAUUGGAUAAGUGGGUUCUGUAGACCCUCCUGUUUACGUCACCUGUUCACCCACCAAGUCCCACUUGAACCAAUCACUGUCAUAGCUUUCCAGGUUCCUUAUGGGGACCACCAACUUGCCUGGAGGAUCUGGUUGGGGUUUAACUUCCUUGGAUGUCUCUUGCUCACCCUCUGCCUCCUUGCUUUCAAGCAAUGGAAGGGAAAGAGCCUGUUCAGCCACCAUCUGGACCACAUCUGUUGAUGGCAAGCCGGCUCCCUGUGGAUUAUUUUGGUGGACUGAAACCGGUAGGCACACUAGUUAAUUUCAAUUUUUUGUGAGCACACUC